UUUUAUACAUACGCUGUAAUUUACUCACUCGGUAUGAAGUUCAGAUUCACUUUCGUCGUGGUGUUAGGUUUGAGUGUUACGGAGUCGCUGGCGGCACCUCCCGAGACGGGAAAGCGGCGAGAGAGGGAUGCGGACGCCUGCGACUGUGUGUGCGGAGUAAGCAACAGGCAAAUGCGAGUGGUCGGCGGAAACAUAACGAAAGUCCACGAGUUUCCUUGGAUCGCAGGACUGGGCAAAGGUGGCGAAUUCUACUGCGGAGCAACCCUCAUCACCAGGAGGCAUCUAUUGACUGCUGCGCACUGUGUCAACGGAUUUGCCGCCAGAGAAUUUACGGUGGUUCUGGCUGACCACGACAGAGACUCCGAAGACAGAUUUUCGACGGUUAUUGUAAGAGGGUUGAAGGAUAUAAAAGAACAUGAGGCGUUCGACGCUGUCAGUUUUAACAACGACAUUGCGAUUUUGGAGCUAGAUGAACCUGUGGAUUUCGACGCGAACGUGCAAACGGCGUGUUUGCCUCGUACAGGAAAUGAAAAUUACGCGGGAAAAACGGCUGUGGUUGCUGGAUGGGGUAAACUCGGGGAGAAGGAAAAAACGUCCCGAAUUUUACGGAAGGUGGCAGUUCCUGUGUGGUCUAAGGAAGACUGCUACAACUCGGGAUAUGGACAGAACAAGAUUUCGGAAAAUAUGUUCUGUGCUGGGUAUCCGGAAGGAAAAAGAGACGCUUGCAUGGGAGAUAGUGGUGGCCCCCUUCACAUGACCAACAGCAACGGAGAUAUGGAGAUUAUCGGUGUCGUCUCGUGGGGACGAGGCUGCGCCCGCCCCAACCUCCCCGGCAUCUACACAAAAAUAGGCAACUACUUGGACUGGGUGGAGGAGUCCCUCGGCGGCGAGUGCCUAUGCCCGCCCCCCCGCCACGUCCCCCGCCGCGCUUGACCCCCCGAUUCUAGUCUUCUUCAGCUUGCCAAAUUCGAACAAAUGUGCCAAAAUUAGUUAGGAUGCAGCUCGUGCCAAAGAUUAUGU